CUUUUUCACUUUUCCUGAUAAAUUGAUUCAUCUGAGAUGCUCGAAAACUUGAUCUAUAGUUGAAAAAUUUAAUUCUGUAUCAUUUUUGCAAGGAUUCUGCUAGUGUUCAGGAAUAUUGUUGAAGAGAAAAAUGCAAAAUUCAAAUAGUGCCUUAGUGGUUAUGAUCUUCCGGAUUUUGUGGGAAUACGUUAGGUGUUAAUCAGUUCAGAUGUGUGGAAAAUCGUUAAAUAAUACAAUUACCGAUGGAAACUGACGUUUCCCCUCGAACUCGCGUGGUGCCCUCUACGUUGGAGUUAAAGGUUAUUUCGUGCCCCUAGGUUCCCGACUCGAGCAACGAACGUUGUGAUUAUCAGACACGUGCUUUCUCCGCUGCUCUUUCCAUGCUUCGGAAUAUGGAUCAGCUAAAAGCGAAUAAGAAGCGCUCAUUUUUUAUCUUCUGAAUUGAAAUUUGAGAAAAUCGUAUGCGUCAUUCUAAAAUUUUAUAAAUAAAAUAUUUCGUAGCCAACACUUCGUAUCGAGUAGAGUUUUGAACUUCGGACCGGUGGUCGGUUUAGCUUUUGAUUUAAAGUUCAAAAACCAACAGCAUGGCGGAUAACAAUACAGUAUUAUUUCUGAAGAAUCACGGGUUAGAAAGGCUAACCGAAAUAUUCGUUCGUGAAGAAUUAAAAUUGUCCGAUUUCCAAUUUCUGAGAGAUCAUCCUGAGGAGCUCCAACAACUAUUGCCAAAAUUAAGAGAUAGAAUCGACUUUCUGAAAGCAGCUACCGACAACGUAUCACGAGCUGUUCAAGUCGAUUUGGAACCACCAAUUGUUUGUCGAGAAACGCUGCUGGAAAUAUGUUCCAAAUAUGAGGCGGGUCGCCUGUUUCUCCACAUGUAUAAAGUGGAAAAUGAAAAAAAGAUAUAUCCUCCAGAAUCACGGAAUAUGAUUAAAAAGGCUAUGAUCGAGCACUUUUAUCAACUUACUAAGGGACAUAUAACCCAUAACCACUUUAUGGAGAUGGUUCAAACAAUAGUAAACGAGCUACCAGAUGAGGACCCUCGAACGUGGUACAUACCAGCGUUACAGAAGCGAAGUGCAGGAGGUUUGUUGUACAACCGGUAUAGAUAUGUGCAACAAAUCGACAAACGAUUCAAGCGAACAUCUGGCUCCAGUUUUGAUCCGGAUGUUGGUCAGUCAGAAACUCCCAAAGAUGUUUCCACAUGGCAGACCAUGACAUCAUCUGACAAAGCAGCAUCUGAAGGUGCAAAAUCAAAAUUGAAGACGCUAGGUUAUUCCGAUAGUAAUGCUAUCACAGAAAGCUGGAAAGCAAGUUUUGCAAUCAGAAGAAACGAAGCUUUAAAAGGGACCAUUUCGUUUAAUGAUUGGGACGUGAUAGCCCAUUUUGAAAACGUGCAGGAAUUGAUCAACUUUGACUUUCGAAUCGUUCAUAAGGAGUCACACGAUUGCAUGACCCUGAAAAUUCCGACAUUCAUUCAAAAAUUCAGAAGCAUUUUCGAAGGCUACAAAAAUUUUGUCGACGAAGAUAAACUAUUGGCAGAAACUAUUGUUGCAACAUUUGUUGAAAAUGUUCGAAUAAAUGAUCAAUCUGUAUUCUUGGCCAUGUAUGCUUUGCCGUUGAUUCUACGCCAACAGUUUGCCACUCAACAAAAGAAACGCCAAAAGGUUUCGAUUGCUGCCUGCCGAGCCGCCUUCAUAUCGCUGUUAGAGACUGAAGCCUUGAUUGAAGAAACAGUGGAGCAGCGACGCCGAAUAGCCGAGAAGAUGAAAAUGACGGUUCAGCCUUUUAUAAUUGUGGUUGGAAUUAUGUCGCGCCCAAGAGCAUUUUUCGUAAUAUUAGAUAAUCUUAUUUUGAAAUGUAGAUCAAUGAUUGCGGCAGUUGACCUGCAUUUUAAACUGCACACAGUAUUCCACAUUGAAUACGCCAAAGAAUGUGAAGAUGUGAUGCAUUUCAUCCAACACUUUUUUUAUAAUAUUACUUACCAGGGAGAACGCGAAGAUGUAAAUGCUAUUACACUGUUGACAGAUUUCAAACGACUUUGAAUAAGCAAGCCUUUCCAAGAUUUCACUCUGACAAUGUUUAUAUCCUUUGUUCACUUUUUUGUACUUUUUAGUUCUUGUAUGGAAAGCAAAACAUGCAGAUGAUAUGAGAGGAUUAAAAAAAAUGCGAUAGAAUUACGUGACUAUUAAAUAAAUAGGAGAAAGUGGGGCAAGAUGGCCACCCUAACGUUACUCGAAGAAAAUUCCGCAAGUUUGACCAGGAAAUAAUUAUUUUUAUAAUCGA